AUAAGAAGAAGAAGCAGCAUCAUUUUAUAAAAGUGAAGAAAAAAAUUUUCUUGAAGACGCGUAAUUUUUUAUUUGUAUAGAAGAACGUAAAACUAAUCUUACCUAAUUCUACUUAUUUAUUUAUAAGCAUUCCGGUCUUUCCGGCAUUGUUUGCGUAUAAAUUGUUAAGAAAAAUGCCUUCGGUUGAAAAUGGUGAAAAUGUAACAGCAGAAUGUGGCGUAGAAAAACCCAAGGAAAAUGAGCAACCGGCUUCACCUUCGCCGGAGAAAAUACGCAAAUCCAGAAGUCGCAGCAGAUCUGUGACGUCUGAUGCAGAAGACGCCGCAAAUACCUCUAAAGAAGGAAGAUCUAGUAAGUCACGAUCUCCAAGCCCAAAUGAAGCAAAUAUAUCAAAAGAUACUGGCCGAUCUAGUAAAUCACGUUCGAGGUCUCGAUCUCGAAGUUCAAAUGCUGGACCAGCCUCACCCAAUACAACGGGUGAGGUAGAUGAAAAAGAGGGUGGUAGAAGUUCUAAAUCACGUAGCCGCAGUCGUAGUGGCAGUCCUCAAAAAAAUGGUGAUGAAAGUCGUAAAAGCCGUAGUCGCAGUCGUCAGAGGAGUCGUAGUGGUUCAAAAUCAAAAAGUCGCAGUAGAUCUCGAUCUGUGAGCGGCUCUCCAGGCAGACGUUCACGUAGUGGAUCCCGUAGAAGUCGUUCGGGUUCCCGUCGCUCAAGAAGUGGCUCAAAAAGAAGCAGAUCACGUAGUCGCUCCCGUUCUGGUUCCAGAAGAUCAAGAUCUGGUUCAAGAAGAUCGAGAUCAGGUUCAAGAAGAUCAAGAUCAGGCUCUAGGAGAUCCCGAUCAGGUUCCCGAAGAUCUCGUUCUGGCUCCCAAAGAUCACGUUCAGGUUCUCGUAGAUCUAGAUCAGGUUCAAGACGCUCACGCUCCGGUUCAAGACGUUCUCGUUCAGGUUCGGGCUCUCGAUCACGUAGUCGGUCUAAAUCUGGCUCUCGUUCACGUUCACGCAGUGGCUCCAGACGAUCACGCAGUGGUUCUCGACGAUCACGCAGCGGUUCCCGGCGCUCGCGAAGUCGUUCUGGAUCUAGACGUAGUCGCAGCGGCAGUGGUUCUAGAUCAAGAUCUCGCAGUGGCUCUCGUCGUCGUUCGAGAUCAGUUAGUCGUCGUUCACGAUCAGGCUCUGCGGCUUCUAGAUCAAGAUCACGCUCUCGCAGUGGUUCCAGAUCAUCGAGAUCACGGUCUCGUUCUCGUAGUAAAUCCGGCAGCAGAUCUCGGUCUCGCUCUGUCUCUAGAUCAAGAUCUCGAUCGAAAUCCCGAUCAAGAUCUCGAUCUCGUAGUGGUUCUAUAUCACCCACUUCCAAAGCUAAAAAGGCACACAAACGUAACGUUCUAAGUGAUUCAGAGGGAGAAGAUGGUCCAUCUUCGGCCCAAAAGAAACGACCAAAAAUUACGGAUACCGAUAAUGAAGACGAUGACGAAGAUAAAGUGGUAAAUGAAGAGGAAGGAGGUGCUCAGGCCGAUAGUAAAAAAGUAGUAGACAGUUCUGAUGAUGAAAACAUACCCAUUGACAGUGAUAGAGGAAACGAUAAUUUUGUUUCCGAUUUUGAUGCCAUGUUAAUGCGUAAGAGGGAAGAAAAACGUUUCAAGCGCCGCAAGCGUGAUAUUGAUUUAAUUAACGACAAUGAUGAUCUUAUCGAUCAAUUGAUAAUGAAUAUGAAAAAUGCUUCUGAUGAAGAUCGUCAAUUAAAUAUAGAAGGAAAACCGGCGACCAAGAAAAUUGCUAUUUUAAAACAAUGUAUGUCACAGUUGAUUAAGAAAGAUUUACAAUUGGCCUUUUUGGAACACAAUAUACUCAAUGUUCUAACAGAUUGGUUGGCACCAUUACCCAAUAAAAGUUUACCCUGCUUGCAGAUUAGAGAAUGUAUUCUAAAAUUAUUAGCAGAUUUUCCUCCCAUUGACAAAAGUUACCUUAAACAAUCUGGCAUUGGAAAAGCUGUUAUGUACUUGUAUAAACAUCCUAAGGAAACAAAACAAAAUCGUGAUAGAGCUGGACGUAUUAUCUCGGAAUGGGCUCGUCCUAUUUUCAAUUUAAGUUGUGAUUUCAAGGCCAUGUCCAAAGAGGAACGUCAGGAAAGAGACAUGCGUCAAAUACAAAAUAUCCGUAAGAAAACACCUGAACCAGAACCAACAACAUCCAAGAAACGAAAAGGUUUACAUUCUGCCCUCACCACCAGCGAAGAGAAACCUUUAGGUCCCGGUGAUCCUGGUUGGGUGGCUCGUGCCCGUGUACCUUUGCCUUCGAAUAAGGAUUAUUUGGUAAGACCCAAAUCGACGGUAGAGGGUACAGUAUCAGGACCACAGAAACGUAAACCGAAUCGUUUUGAAAAGCAUAUGAAAAAGUUCCUCGAUCAAAAAAGACUUAAAGGUGGUUCACGCAGAGCUGUGGAGAUUUCUAUAGAGGGUCGUAAGAUGGCUCUAUAAAUGCAUAUAGUAUGGGGAACAUUUAUCUAAUAGAAAUUAUCAAUUUAUGUCCAAAUUAGAAUUUAUAAGUUUUUUUCUUUCUUUUUUUUCCUACCUAAUUUCUAUGAUUUCAUUUAACAUUUUGUUUAAUGUAAUUUUUUUAUUUUUUUAAACAAGUAUCCCAUUUCCUUUAUUUAUAACAUUAGUAAAUACAUGCAGCCGUAUUUUAGUGUACGUAAAAUA